AUGAUUGUCUCAUUCUCAACUGUUUAUUUCUUCAUUUACCUUUUAUUAUUCGUUUCAAUCGGCCUGACCUCUUCUUUGUUCAUCGUACCUCUGCUAGGCGCCUCGUUUGCAUUCGCUAGCGGUGUGGUCAUCUUUGGAUUUCUAAGUAAUGUAACUUUUAAAUCCGCUCAAACUAUUUACAUCAAGGUCGAUAAAAGAUUAAAAUUUAUUCUAGCUAAAAUGUCAAGUUUUACUAAUGGUAAUGAAAGUGAAAAAAAUGUCGAUGUACCGUUAUUACAACAGACUAAAAAAAGACAUAGUCAAAUUCAAUCAAAAUUGAAAAAUUCGUUCAAUACAAAUAUCAAUAAUAACAAUUUAACUAACAAUGAUAAUAUAGUAACAAGCACUACAAGAGGUAUCGAUGUGCCCUUAGAUACAAAUAAUAGCGUUACAAGCGCAAUUGCAAGAUCUUUAGAGACUCGUGCCGAUUCAAAAAUCGCAACUAAUUAA